UCUCACAAGCUUCGGUUUUCCGCUGCGAGCAACAACUGUCGUCCGACAUGCAUUUUUUGAAUGUUUUGAUUUUGAUUGUGGCAAUGGUCACUAAUGUCCAGCCUCGACCGCCGCCACCGGUGAUCACCUAUUUUCCUAAUCAAGCUCAUCCAUGGUCAAUUGAUGAAGAUGCUGAAAGGAUGAAUUCCAUUGGAUCCUAUAAGGGAAGCUUGGGGUAUUUUCAUGAUCGUCCAUUUCCUAAAAAUAAGCUUGGAGUGAGAUUCCUUUAUCCUAAGGCUCAAGAAGGAUUUGUGCCAGCUGAUCUGACAGCUUUGAAUAAUGUUUAUUGGUGGAAGAAGCGCUACGGCAGUUCAGCUGCGGAAGAUGUACCCUAUUACAGAAACGAAGAAAACAAUAUGGACGACACUAUGCAUAAUGGCAUCAAAAAGCGAGAUUACACUGCUGCCCAGCUGGUCAACAUGCUGAAAGCAUUAGCCAAGACCAGAAGGCAACGGCAAAUUCGCAUAGCUGGCAAAGGCCUGCGAUUCGGAAUCAGUAAAUAAGAAGAAAAGAAAUCCACAUGUGAAAUCAUGUAACAAUCCAUUCCUGGUAGAACCCAAUUAGUGUCAAAUUUAUCACCCAUUUCAAUAUAUAAGUGUAAAUCAUAAUUUUCAUCAAUGAAGUGAAGGUUCUGGAAUCUCUUACUUAGUUUGCAAAUGAAGUUUUGCAAAUUCUUUUUUUUUUAAGGCAAUACUUGGUUGCCGAAUAUUUUGCUAAUUUGCUUGCCUUGAAUUGUAUGUAAGAUAUUAAUAAUAAUAACAAAUUAUAAUUAUUGUUAAACAAAAAAUAUUUGAAAAAUAGGCUUGAAUACAGCCUACCUGUAAAAAGUUUACGCUAUGACUUUUUAAGUAUUUUUUUAAUUAAGGUAUGGAUAAAAAGAAAUCUCAUUAAAAAAUUUAUGAACUUGGAAAUUGUUUGAUUAAAAAUUCACUAAAGAAAAUUAUAAUAAAAAACUGGACGAAAAAAAAUUAGAAAUUUUAAGGCAUAAAUAGAAAAAUUAUGUCUGAAAAUAAAAUUAAAAGUUAAAGCUUAUUUAAAAGCUAUAAGACAAACAAUUAAAAAAAAGACUGAAGAAAAAGGUUUUUGUUUAUUAUUUUGUUUGGUUGAAUAGGCUUCGCUUGCUUUUUUUUUUUGUUAAUAAUGGUGAAGUUUCUGUUCCACGGGUAUAUUUAGCAGUAAGACUUAAGUCAAAAUGCAUUCUUAUCAUCAUAGUUACCAGAAUCUUUACUUAAAUGAACACAUUGCAUAGCUCUUUUAUGCUUGUUAGCUAUUCAAAAUGGCAGCAAUGUUUUAUUCUUUAAAGUUUGUUUGUACGAAUUAAUUUCUUUUAUUUACCAAGCACUGAAUUAAAUGAUAAGUUAAGAAUUCCUUUAUUGACGGAGUAAUGAAUUAAAUGAUAAGUAACGGAUUUUUUUUCCAUUCUCUGUGGUUAAAAGGUUUUACGACUCUUCAAUUAAAAGCGAUAAACAUGAUAAAAAUACUUGAAAUCAAUCGAAUCACUAACUUUUGAUAUAUUUAGUUACAUGGCUGUAUAAGUUAGCUGUUUUGCUUUAAAACUAGAUCAUACGUUUUAAUUUAAAUUCUCUGAGAAGGACUAUGUUGAAACUGUACUGCCAAGGACUUGACAUUUCUAUUUUGAAUCAUUUUUCAGAAAAAUGUAAUAUAGAAAUUUCAAAUAAUUUUUUUUCUGUGUGUCUCUUUUUUUCUAUCCUAUAUAAAAAGUAAUGUAAAAAUUUACUGAACCCAUGAUCAGUUUAAAAGAUAAAGUAAGAUGUAAAGAUAUUCGUUUAGACAUUAAAUAUUAAAUAUUCUAAUUUCUCACUAUUUUUUUUAUUAUUAUUUGCAGCUAUUUAAAAAUUCGUUGUAGUUAAUAAAAAAACGUUUUAUGAUUAUAAAGUAAUGACUUUUGUCAUUUUAUGAUUAUAAACGUUUCUUUUCUACUUUUAUUAAACAUACAAAAUGCUUAGAUUAAAAUUGCCAAAAGAUAACAAAAAUAUGGCUUGAAACGCUGCAUCAAUUAAAAAAAAAAAAGAAAGAAAAAAGAUUUCUUGAGCAUAUUUAUAACCAUUCUUAAACAUAAAUUGUGCAUCAUCUUUUCAUCAUGCGAAGCUGCAAAUAUUAGAUUAUUCAAAAAAUGUUCAUCAAAAUUCGAACAUUUACAUGAAAUAAUUCUUCUUAGAAAUCUGGCAAUGAUAGUUUCGCUCUUUAGUUAGUAAAAUUCGAAUUCAAAUACAUUGUUUACUAAUUAAUUGUCCUAUUAAUUUGAAUCGUAAUGUUAGUUAUAAUCAGUAUCAUUUUGUUUUUACUACAGUAAAUUUGAAUCAUAGUGUUAGUUAUAAAUAUCAUCAUUUUGUUUUUACAACAUAUAUGCAGUAAACAUAUAUUUACUGAUUAUAUGUUGUUUCAAGAAAGUGUUUAAAACAGACUGAUAAAUUAGAUUAGAUUAGAAAAAAUUUGAAAUGCAAUCCCGACAAAAUGUUUGUUACAUUAAGUCUUUUUUAAAUGUUUAAUUUAUUUAUAAUUUAAAGUUUUGUUUAUUUUCCUUCAAGAGCUUGGAAUAGCUAGGUUAGCUCUUUUGUAAAUAUUAUUCUUCAAUAUUUUAUUUUGUAAAUAUGAGUCCUCGUAUAUUUUAUUUUUAAUAAUGGCAUUAGUUUUGAUAUAUCAUUUAAAAAAUUAUUAUUUGAAUAAUUAAUAGUUUUAAAUAUGUUUUGUGCGUAAGUGAAAUAUUUUAGCAAAUUUGCAAGCUGUUGCAAAAUUGAAAAAUUUACAAAUGAAAGUAAAAUGAAACAAUGUGCAUUUUUGUCACCUAGAAAAACUAUUUCAGUAUUCUUUGCAUUUAAAAUGCUUGUUUCACAAUUGGGAUCAUAAAGAAACUGCAAGAUUAAUAUUUUUCAAUAGUCAGUUUACAAAUAUUGAAAUAUUUGAUUUUAUUUCACAGUAAAAAGCACUAUUCAUGUUGGUGCUAUAUUUUCUCAUGCAUUUUAAAUAUCUGAUAAAAUUUCCUGAAUGUUUAGUCAGU